UUUUCAAUGUAUAAAAUGGAAUAUUCUUACCUCAAUUCCUCUGCCUACGAGUCCUGUAUGGCUGGGAUGGACACUUCAAGCCUGGCUUCAGCUUAUGCUGACUUCAGUUCCUGCAGCCAAGCCAGUGGCUUUCAAUAUAACCCUAUAAGGACCACUUUUGGGGCCACCUCUGGCUGCCCAUCCCUCACUCCAGGAUCCUGCAGUCUCGGCUCUCUUAGGGACCACCAGAGCAGUCCAUACGCAGCAGUUCCUUACAAACUCUUCACUGACCACGGGGGUUUAAACGAGAAGAGGAAACAGAGGAGGAUCAGAACCACGUUCACCAGCGCCCAGCUCAAGGAACUCGAGAGGGUGUUUGCAGAGACUCAUUACCCUGAUAUAUACACCCGGGAGGAGCUGGCGCUCAAGAUCGACCUCACCGAGGCGAGAGUGCAGGUCUGGUUCCAGAACCGCCGCGCCAAGUUCCGCAAGCAGGAGCGGGCGGCGGCGGCAGCGGCGGCGGCCGCCAAGAACGGGGCGGCUGGCAAGAAGUCCGACGCCUCUCGCGACGACGAGAGCAAGGAAGCCAAGAGCACUGACCCCGACAGCACUGGCGGCCCCGGCCCCAACCCCAACCCCGCGCCCAGCUGCGGCGGAGGCGGCGGCGGCGGCCCCAGCCCAGCCGCCGGGCAGGGAGCGGCGGGGCCCGGCGGGCCGGGGGGGGAGCCGGGCAAGGGGGCGGCGGGGCCUGGCGGGCUGGCGGCGGCGGGGCCGGGGCAGGGCUGGGCGCCGGGGCCCGGGCCCAUCACCUCCAUCCCCGACUCAUUAGGCGGCCCGUUUGCCAGCGUCCUCUCCUCGCUGCAGCGGCCCGGUGGCACCAAAGGCAGCCUCGUCAAGAGCGGCAUGUUCUGA